CAGGGCGUCUGAAAAAUCGACAUGGAGGAGAGAGGACACCCCUAAUCAGUGACGUCACGAAAAUGUUAUUCAGCUGAUGGUGUAAAUAGAAACUUUCAACUCGGCACCAGGGAGAACAGAGAGCAACAGCCCAGUUUCGCAAACCCACGGUGAUCAUUCCCCUCGCAGAGGCAAAUUCAGCCGUAAAGAUUGACUCUGUUUGGGGGUGGGUGCUGCCCCCGUUGCGGCUGCAGGGGUCAUUCGGCCAAGGGGCGCAAGCCAUGGGCGACCUAAUGUUGGGCGAGCGGCCGCCGUCGCCAGCCCGUCUCGCCCACACGUCGGACAAGCAUCCUCGGGCGGUGCUGACGGAGCUGAACGUGUUGCGUCGCCACCGCGAGUUGUGCGACGUCGUCCUCAACGUGGGCAACCGCAAAAUCUUUGCGCACAGGGUCAUCCUGAGUGCGUGCAGCCCUUACUUCAGGGCCAUGUUCACCAACGAGCUUGCCGAGUCGAGGCAGACCGAGAUCGUCAUUCGGGACAUUGACGAGAACGCCAUGGAGCUGCUGAUCGACUUUUGCUACACGGCGCACAUCCAAGUGGAGGAAAACAACGUGCAGACCCUGCUGCCGGCCGCCUGUCUGCUGCAGCUGGCCGAGAUUCAGGACAUCUGCUGCGAAUUCCUCAAGAGGCAGCUCGACCCGUCAAACUGCCUCGGCAUACGGGCCUUCGCCGACACCCAUUCCUGCAGGGAACUGCUCCGAAUUGCAGACAAAUUCACUCAGCACAACUUCACUGAGGUCAUGGAGAGUGAAGAGUUUUUGCUGCUGCCCGUUUCGCAGUUGGUCGACAUAAUUUCCAGUGACGAGCUCAAUGUGCGCACAGAGGAGCAGGUCUUCAGCGCAGUGAUGGCUUGGCUUAAAUUCAACGUUGCUGAGAGAAGGCAGCACUUGCCUCAAGUACUUCAACAUGUACGGCUCCCCCUUCUAAGUCCAAAAUUCCUGGUUGGAACUGUUGGUUCUGAUUUGCUUGUCCGCUCAGACGAAGCAUGUCGUGAUCUCGUAGAUGAGGCAAAAAAUUACCUCCUACUGCCCCAAGAGCGACCUUUAAUGCAAGGUCCUCGAACUCGGCCUAGGAAGCCCACUCGCAGGGGAGAGGUUUUAUUUGCUGUCGGUGGCUGGUGUAGUGGCGAUGCAAUUGCAUCGGUAGAACGAUUUGACCCCCAGAGUGGAGAGUGGAAAAUGGUGGCACCAAUGAGUAAGAGACGUUGCGGAGUUGGUGUCGCCGUCCUCAAUGACCUUCUCUACUCGGUUGGAGGUCACGACGGGCAGUCAUACUUAAAUUCAAUUGAACGAUAUGACCCCCAAACAAAUCAAUGGUCUUGCGACGUGGCUCCUACCACGUCAUGCAGAACCAGCGUGGGAGUAGCUGUUCUUGAAGGCUUUUUGUAUGCGGUGGGAGGGCAAGAUGGAGUCCAGUGUCUGAAUCACGUGGAACGAUAUGACCCUAAGGAAAACAAGUGGAGCAAAGUGGCGCCCAUGACGACCAGGCGCCUGGGAGUUGCUGUGGCUGUGCUCGGAGGAUACUUGUAUGCUAUUGGAGGGUCUGAUGGACAGUGCCCUUUGAACACUGUUGAGAGGUAUGACCCGAGACAAAACAAAUGGACUGCCGUGUCUCCAAUGUCGACCAGGAGGAAGCACCUUGGUUGCGCCGUUUUCAAUAAUUUAAUCUACGCUGUUGGUGGAAGGGACGACUGCAUGGAGUUGUCAAGUGCUGAGCGCUACAACCCACACACCAACACCUGGAGUCCUAUCGUGGCCAUGACCUCUCGGCGCUCUGGAGUUGGCCUAGCAGUUGUCAACGGCCAGCUGUACGCAGUUGGUGGCUUUGAUGGUACGGCCUACCUGAAGACCAUCGAAGUCUAUGAUCAGGAGCAAAACCAGUGGCGACUUUGCGGAGCCAUGAAUUACAGGAGACUGGGUGGUGGAGUCGGAGUCAUGAGGGCGCCACAAACAACUGAACAGAUCCCUUUUUUCUGUGAGGCCAGAAGAGGAGCCGGGAACAGUUGAUCACAAGUGCCGAAAGUCGUCCCACCUCUAAUAACAGCUUUGCCCGAUGUUCAAAGGAGGAAUCCUUUUCUGGCCUGGUGCUGUCUGGCGUAAUCUCCGAUUCCUAAUGUAAAUAUUACAUCAUGUGUUUGGGCAAGACUCUCUAUCAUUUUAAAAGUGUUAUUCACUAAAAUCCGUUGAUAUUCUAUCAAUGUUUGACUGUUCGAUAAGAUAGGUCAGGAAUACUAUUGUAGGUGCUUUACUUUUUUCUAUGGCAUGUUUUACUCUAAUCAACUGAAGCUUCUCCUUUGUCGAUGCAAAAAAACCAAGUCUUCUGCGCAUUUUAAUUUUUAUUUAGCUCAAUAAUAAUCACUGCACUCAAACUUCGCACUGAUAGUCCAGAA